UGCAGGAGCAGAACCAAAGCUAGUUCUGGACAGAUUUAAAUUGUUUCUUUAUCAAAUUAAUUCAGAGAAAUGAAAAACCUGAUUGAUGCUCGAAGUCAGAAAUGCUGGGCAGAACUUAUUGAUAAAGAAUCUUCUACUCGGGUAAUAUGGAGAGAAAAGUAUUGGGAUAAACAAUCCGUUGUUCCGGACACCACUGCUAAGAAACAGUCCAAGUUGUUCAAACUUCCGGCCAAGGCUAACAUUCUUCCAGCAAUUCACAUCCCAAAGCAACAGGAAGAAAGAAAGAAACCAGUUCAGGAAACACCUGUAAAAAUUGAGCCGACUCAGGAGAUGCUGCCAGUAUCUCCUCAGAUUCGAAGUCUGCUGUAUGAUGGCUUUACUAAAGAGCAGAAGGGCAGGUACUUGUACCUGAAAAAGAGAAUGGCAAAACCCCCCGAGGAAAAAUUUCACUAUCCUCUUCUGUCAUCCUGGACAUACGGCUGGAGGCUGGGUGAUGUUAUGGAGGAACUCCGAUUACCAGCUCACGGUCGAUUGAGAACUCUGAAUGACACUUUCUAUUCAAGAAAUGGUAUCUUCUACAAGCAAUCCGCAACUGACGCACUUGCUCAGCUGAACUGAAGAAUGGGACAGCAACUCUCCAAUGAUAUUUUAAGUAAUGCUCUACUCUUUUAUUUUCUCUUUUCAAAAUGUUGAAAAAAUCCCACAAAGCUUCGAUUAGUGGCAUUUUCAGCAAUAUUUCCAUUUUUCUUAACAAACCUUUAGUUUUUGUAAAUUUUCUUACAAUAUAGUUAGUAACAAAUAUCCUUAGCAGGCUUCAAAUGGGGCAGUCUUGUGGAUAUGCAAUAUCACUUAUGUUUUAAUAUUGUCAAUUAUAUUUUUUUUAAAUCUAAAAUAUGUAUAUCUUGGGAUUUAUAGCUCACAAGAAUAAGUUCAUAAAAAUAAUUUAUCAGAACAAAAUAGGCUGAUCAGUAUCAUAAAUAGCAAUGACACUGUCCUUUUGCAUAAGAAUGGAACAAUAAAACAGGUUGCAUUGCUCACCCCUUUUAGAUAAGGAAUUUUUAAUUGUUUUUGUGAUUUGUAGAAGGAAGUGUCUUCUACACACAAUGGCUUAUUAAUUUAUAAAUUGCCCACAAGUUGGAGGCAGUGAUUGAACUGAAAGCUCAUGAAUUAGAAAGCCUCUAAUACUAAAGGACUGUGCUCUCAAUGAGGAUAUUCUUUGCUAAUUUGGGAGAUUUUUAGGCAGAUGAAUCUUGAAGAUUCCAUAAAUUUUAAUGCCUCUUCUAAUCCUGGGUGGAAAUCAAGAAUAUGGCACCGAGAAACAUGUGAUGAUAUUCCACGGGUACGUGUCAGCAGAUGUGAUGGACAUAAAAGGUGAGAUGUAAAAUAGAGCCCAGAAUAUUGACUAACACAGAGUCUGAGCUCCAGCAUUGUUAAUGGACCUACAAAAGUAAUAGUCAGGAAUGGGCUUGAAGUUGUUUAGCAAUCAAAUUUAUCAAGGAAGCAUGAAAAGCUUUUCCAGUUAUAUAAAAGGGGUAGUUGAAGACUUCAAGACGUCUUUUAUUCUGUAGAUUGUGUUAACAAAAAGUCUUUUUUAACUUCCUCAGAUUAUCUUUUUAGUUAUAAGAUUUUCUUUUCAGUAUGCUUUUGCCUUGCAGUUGGAAGAAGAUGGAUUAGUAAGUCAAAGGUAAUUGGGGUUGGAAAUCAGAGUUAGAGUUUAAAUUGGAGAAUUGCACCAUCUAAUUUCAGAUAGGGGUAACUACAUUCCUACUGAUUCUGUCUCCCAGUGAAGGAAUGGUGUUGAAUCAGCCACACCUCUCACAAGAGAGCCACGGAAACAAUGCAAACACCAGCAAAUAUUAAUCUCUCCAGCUCACCUGCUGUUAAAUUGUUAUUGAUGUCAAUAAUCUAAUGAGUCAAUAAUAAUUUAGUAUUUAGUAAUAGUAAAAUUUUGCUUUAAGUGCCCAGAUAAUAGUGAGUCAUAAUAAUGGACAUGAUUGACUUUUUACCUGUUACAUAUGUUGUUAAAUAAUUCUGACUAUUAAUUGUUCAUGACACAAACUGUUACAUAGCAUUGAUAAGACUGUUGUAUCUACAUGUUACUUAGAAACAGAAUGUUUACUUUGGUGUUGUGAUUCAAUAAAUGACUCUGAGCAUACCUUGUCCUGUGAUCAAUUGAAUCAAUGAAAAAUGGUUAAUUCUUUCACUGUUGUUGGCAGGUAGAGUGUUGAUGGAACAAGCAUAAACGCAAAGACAACUGGUUAAAGUAAGAUGAUUUGUAAACCACUUGAGCAUCAUAUAAAGUGGAAAUGCAACUCAGAUGAUUCUUUUGGAGAGGAAUGCUUGGCUCCUUGGCAUAGAGUGCAGUCGAAUUCCUGGCACUAAAGUGACCAACGGAUAUCCAGGGAGUACUGGAAAUGACACUGAGAUGGAGGAUCAGCCAUGAUAUGAUGAAUGUUCUAUGUAUGUAAUUGUUAGGGCGUAUUCUGGAAUUGUGGAAUAUAGCAAAUAUUCAUUUCAACAGCAACCAGUCUUCAGAUCUGAAUGUGGAUUGUAGAUUGAAUUUAAGAUGCAACUCAGAACAAUGGUACUCUUGGAGCUGCAGACUGGGGUAGAUUGCAAACCAAGAAACACUCAUUGAUCUGAGAUGUCUGCAUAUGCAUGAAUGCAGCUCAGAGACAAUGGUGAUUAGCAUUUAUUUUGGAUGUUUGGCAUGCUGGUGUGAAGAUUUAGGUGUUUGAAAACUAUAUGCAAUUCUAAGGAAGCACUGUGGAUGCAAUUUAACUAUAGAAUUUCCUGCUAUUACCUUUGGUGCUUAGCAUAUAAAAAUGUCAUUUAAUAUUGGUUCAGGGAGCCUCUUCUUCAGAGCAUUAUUCUACUUCCUUUGAGAUAUACACAUUGAAUAAAAUUCAUUAAAAAUAAGUUGUGAUUUCAACCAAUUAUUCCAGAUACAGAAC